CUCUUAAUGGGACAGACGUGUGUCGGGUGUAGACGGAAAAUUGAAGCAUAAUGAGUGUUGCAUCACUUCGCUCUCUGAGCAAAACAAAACAAACCGCUCGCAUUGUGAUCAUUGGAGCCGGCACAGCGGGCAUUGCGGCAGCCACCAGACUGCUGGAGCAGGGCUUCAAGAAUGUCAUGGUGCUGGAGGCCGAAGAUCGGAUAGGCGGACGUAUUCACACUAUUCCGUUUGCGGAUAGUGUUGUCGAUCUGGGUGCACAGUGGUGCCACGGUGAGAAGGGUAACGUUGUCUAUGAGCGUGUUAAGAAUCUGGAUAUGCUUGAGGCCACAGAGGAUCACUAUGAGACGUUCAGGUGUGUGCGUUCCAACAAAGAGGUGCUGUCCGAUGAGAUUGCAAAUGGCCUUAAAAACAUUGCAUUCGAUUCCAUACCGGAUCGACAAACGGAACUGGUCGAUUACAAGGGCUCCCUCGGGGACUACUUGACCCAAAAGUAUUGGCACGAGGUAGCCAAGCUACCGCCAAUGAGUCGCACCAUUGCCGAGGAGUUCUUGGAGAACUUCCACAAGUUCGAGAGUUCCGUGGAGGCCUCAGACCAUUUGUAUGAGGUUUCCGGUCGUGGGCACCUGGAAUACUGGCUGUGCGAGGGUGAAUUGCUGCUCAACUGGCGUGACAAGGGUUAUAAGAGCUUCCUCAGACUGUUAAUGAAUGCUUGCAAGGAUGACCCAGCAGAUCUGGGCAUGCUCAAGGGGCAUGUGUUGUUAAACAAGCGCAUAGCACAGAUUAACUGGGAAGGUGCUGAUGAAGUUGUAAUCCGUUGCUGGAAUGGUGAAGUCCUAACUGCAGAUCAUGUUAUCUGUACAGUGUCGUUGGGAGUGUUGAAGGAGCAGCAUGCCAGCAUGUUUGUACCCGCUCUUCCCGAGGCCAAAUUGCGAGCUAUAAAGGGACUUAAGCUGGGCACUGUUGAUAAGUUCUUCUUGGAGUAUUCUGUGCCACCCUUGCCCAAGGACUGGCCUGGCUUUUGUUGCCUGUGGCUAGAGGAAGACCUACAGCAGCUGCGCGCUAGCGAACGAUUCUGGCUGGAGAGCGUCUUUGGAUUCUACCCAGUAUCUUAUCAGCCACGCCUGCUGCAGGGUUGGAUCAUUGGCGAACAUGCCCGCCACAUGGAGACGCUCACCGAGGAGGAGGUCCUCGAGGGAUUACAGUGGCUCUUCCGCAAAUUUCUGCCCUUCGAUGUGCCGCAACCUCAGCGCUGCCUACGCACCCAAUGGCAUGCAAAUCCCAACUUCAGAGGCAGCUACACCUUCCGUACCACAUUCGCCGAUGAGUUGCGCACUGGUGCCUGGGACCUGGAGGCACCGCUUCUUGAUAUUGGCGGCCGGCCUCGGCUUCAGUUUGCUGGUGAGGCUUCGCAUAAACACUUCUACUCGACGGUGCAUGGCGCCGCUGAGACGGGUUGGCGUGAAGCGGAACGACUGAAUACCUAUUAUCGCUCUCGAACAGCCCAGUUAUAAUUGGCGAUAAGCGGCGUGUCAACAAAAGACUUUAACAGAUUGUGCUUGCAACUAUGUUAUGCCCAUUUUAAGUUAAUAUUUAAAAAUAAAUAUCGUAAAAACUCUUGCGUUUAGAGAGAUAA